CCCCACACUUUCUCGGUCGGAUUUCCCCCGACACGAGGGGUAGAGAAAACCCGCGUUCGAGAGAAAGAAAAGAUAACUGCUGAGAUCUCUUCCUCUUACCUGUUCUUGACUCCUACCACUCACCCUCUAAAUAUCACCACGCCACCAUGGCUCUUAACGUUGCGCUCCGUUCUCAUUUCCAACGCCAUUCGACGGCAUACGGCUUCUGGCUCACUGUCCCCAGCGGCGCCGUAGCCCGAACCCUACUCCGGUCCGCAGCCGCCUCGCCAGUCGAGGCCUUCAGCUGGGUCCUGGUCGACGCCGAGCACGGAUUGAUCACAGAUCGCGACUACUACGAACUCACAACAACCGUUGCCUCGGAAGGCGCCAGCCCAAUCGUCCGUGUGCCAUGGGGCGAAGAAUGGAUGAUCAAGCGCGCCCUUGAUUCCGGCGCUCAUGGAAUUUUGACUCCCAUGUGCCAUUCCCCGGAGGAUGCCCGACGGAUCGUGCAAUACUGCAAGUACCCACCGGUUGGUAGCCGUGGCUAUGGACCACUAUACGCCCACCACGCCUUUCCCGGCGUACAGCCGGGAGCCCAGUAUGACGAGAACGCCGAUACGGGACUGCUGGCCAUGGUCCAGAUUGAGUCCCGGUCGGGUGUGGAGACUGUCGAGGAGAUUGCAAAGGUGGAGGGAUUGGACGUGCUUUUGAUCGGCCCCUUCGAUCUCGCCAAGCAGAUGGGUAUCGUCCGCGGCGGAGAGGAGCAUGAGGCAGCCAUCCAGCGUAUCUUGAGAGCAUGCAAGUCCGCGGGCAAGAAGGCGGCCAUCUUCUGCACUGAUGGUGCCCAGGCCCACUUCCGCGCCGAGCAAGGCUUUGACAUGGUGUCAGUCAUCACCGACCAAGCUGCAAUGGGGAAUGCUAUAGUACAGUCGCUGUCUGAGGCACAAGGUCGUGGAGUAGAGAACAAGCCCAGAGAAGGAUACUAGAUUGCCGUUGACA